AUGGACUAUCCAAAGCCAGGAGAUUACGAUGUGAUCAUAAUCACUGGUGCUCGUGAGUCACGGCCACGAGAACUGCUGAAACGUGCAUUGACGAAUUUGAAUACAGCGGCAAACCCAGAAGGACACAAACCCUGGUUGGUGAAGCUUCGGGAAUAUAUCAACAAAGAAGUCGAAACGACAUCUACUCAGAAGUUUGUCGGCUUUUGUUUCGGUCACCAGAUUAUAGCAAUGGCCUACGGGUUAUCCGUUGAAUGCAGUGACUCGGGAUACGAGUUCUCCGCAACAACUAUCCAGCUAUCAGAUACCGGAAAGACACUGUUUGGACAAGACUCUAUUUGCUUGAAUGAGGGUCACCAGUUUCAGGUCAAAGACCAGGACCUGGGACAACUCCAGAAGCUCGGCUCGACGGAUCAUACUCAUAUAAAAGUAUUUUUCUUCCAAAACGCCUUUGGUAAAUACAAGCCCACCCCGAAUUCGAUGCUACAGCAUUAG